GAGGCGUUUAGUGAUUUUGAAGGCAGCAAAACGAUACUUUUUACGUCACAUGUGCUGGUGAAACGCUUGCCAUGGCUGCUCCCGUCGCUCUCAUUCAAGGUGCCAGCAGAGGACUGGGGCUUGAAUUCUGCAAACACAUACUAAAAAACAAAAGCCUCGCUGCUGUCGUAGCGACAUGCCGAAACCCGGACAGAGCGGCGGAGCUGUGGGGCCUAGCGGGACAACACCGGGGCAGACUCACGGUCCUCAAGCUGGACGUGAACCUGGAAGAGGACAUCCGCGAAGCAGCUGAGCGCGUGAAGGAGAACUUCGGUCGGGUGGAUCUCCUCGUGAACUCUGCGGCGAUGCUUCACCCCACCGGGAAAGGAGAAACUAGUCUGAGGGAUGUUUCUGCGCAGGGCAUCAUAUCCACCUUGACGACCAAUACGGUGGGACCCCUGGUAAUGGCCAAAUAUUUUAGCCCUCUCCUUCAGAAGGGCGGCGGCGCCUUCGGUCAGCAGCCUCCAGAGAAAGCGAAGCAGCACAGCGGCAUCAUCGUCAACAUCACAGCUAAAGUUGGGUCCAUUGGAGACAACGGUCUUGGUGGCUGGUAUAGCUACAGAAUGUCUAAAGCAGCUCUCAACAUGGCUACCAGGAAUUUAUCCAUAGAACUUGGCCGCAGUCGACCCAAGGUGGUGUGUGUGUCUUUACAUCCGGGAACAGUUAACACAGACCUUUCCAGGCCUUAUCACCGGAAUGUGCCAAACGACAAGCUGUUCAGUGCUGAACACUCUGUGGACUGUCUGAUGGGCAUCAUUAAUUCACUGAGCAUCGAAAAGACCGGGAAGGCGUACAGCUGGGACGGGACCGAGCUUCCUUGGUAGAACCAAAAAAGUCCGCGAAGGCAUACAUGUGAUUUCAGCCUCUUUGUGCAAACUGUCUGAGCAGGUCAUGCUGCGAUAAACAUGAAUUUUACCAUUGACUCAAUGAAAACAAACCGGGUGUUUUUUAACAUAAUAAUCAAGUCACAGAGAAACCUUCCUUUCUACCUCAACACCAAAGUGCAUAAAUUAGAAUAAAUCCUUAAAGACAAUGUGUGGCCCUAAGAUACAAGACUGUUUUAACAACAUGUUCACAAAUAAAGAUUGUGAAAUACUUGGUGUGUAUGAUCUGAACUUACAGAUGUGCAAGUAAACUUUUAAUCACUGUAUCCAUCUCUGAGUUGGAUUUUGAUGUCGGGCUGGUUAAGACUCCUCCGCCUCUCCAAUUUGGAUGUCUGUCUUCAAGGUGUUUAUCUGUAUUGGUUUUUUGGUAAUUAAGAACUUGGCUAUUUCUAUCAGCUUGGACCAGAUUCUUCCCAUUUAAAGAAACAUUUUAAAGUAUGAGGUUGGAGUUUUCAGUGUGCUGCACAGUGUUUGCUUCAUUCAUGUGUCCUCCUUGGCUUGACUUUCAGCUCACGAAAAGGAUCUUCACCAAACAGUGCAAGUCUAGCUCCUCCAGGGUCAGGGUGUUCUCACUUUUUCCUUAUGAAGAACACAUUUAUCUUCUGUUAAAGUUAUUUUUUUUAAGUACAAUUAAAUCACUUUCUUUCUCUGA